UGUGGUUUUGCAGUUUGACGCCGCGUGCGGGCGCCUCGCAUUCCAAUGCCAUCGAGAUGUGAGGAGAGUGCGGCGAGACUUCGCUGCUUCGCAACGCGUCUUUCCGUCUUCCAGGCGCAGUUUGUAAGGCUUAAAAAUGUCCAACUCCAAGGAAGGGAACUCCUGUCCCGACGGCUACCGGGCUUUAAGCACUACCGAGCUGAGGGAGCUUUUACACAGCGACGACAAAAUGGACCAAAUUAUUCGACUCAAUGAGAAGUUCCAGGAGCUCCAGGUUGACCGGGAGAUGCAGCUGACCUCCAACCGGAGCCUGGCCGAGGAGAGCCUGGCUCGGCGACCCCGCCUCAACAACGGCAAGCUCCAGCUGGCAGAGAAGUACAAGGAGCUGUCCAACCUCGUAACCACAUGCUGGGAAAAACAGAGUCAGCUGGAGGCUCGCGGGCCGAGGCGCAGCCUGCAGACGGCGCAGAACCUCCUGCAGGAGGAGGUGGCACGUGCUGAAGAACACUCCGAGGAGCUGCUGGAGAAGUUCAUGGAGGGAAAUGUGAGUCUGGAUGAGUUCCUUGAUUCGUUCCAGAGCUCCAGGAAGAUCUACCACAUCCGCCGGGCUCAAACAGAGAAGAUCCAGGAGGCCGUUCAAGCCAGGAAGCAACCAAAUAAAAGCAAGAGACCCCAGGAGAGUCGGGUCCCGGAGGCGAAGAAGGACUCCGAACCGCAGCAGGAGCCUCAGCGGCCCAACGGCUUUGUGGCACAGGGGCCUCUCCGAGUGUUCCAGGUCCGAUACGGCUUGACACCGGCCAUCCUUGUCCCCCAUUACCCUGUUUCCCCCCCUGCCUCGGCGCCAAGCCAUCAAAACCCUGCCUCUGAAUCCCCAGUGGGCCAGACCCACAUCUUGAGCCCCAGCAGCCCGAUCCCAGGACACGGCCAGCCUGUUGGCCUCCGGGUCAUAGGCCAGCUGCCGGGCGGCUGGCCCGCUAACGGGCGGCCGGUCCGGGUGCAGCAGCUCUACAGACCCAACCCGCAGCAGCCCGAGCCUCCGUACCGAUAAGCUCCAGCAGGGGGCAGUAUAGAGACAGUUAGAGAGGUCUUCCAACCCAUGGAGCCAAGCGGCGGCUGUCACAGUCACCCAUUCAGGCAGGCAGGCAGGACCGAGGUCCGACGUUUCUGUUGUCCUCCAUGGCAGGAAAGCAUGAGCAGAAAGGUAGAGAGGCGGCAGACAGGAGAACUGGGGAUGGGCUGGGAAACGGCUCAGGUUCAACUCUGGUGAGCUAAUCUCCUCCAAAACAUCCACUAAUCUGCUUUUAUUACUUCAUAAAACCAAAACAGGAACAGCUGCAGUGUGCUGGUUUCAACCUUCCCGGGUCCCUCAACAUUUUCUGCAUUGUUGAUGCAAAAACAUUUUCUUUUUUCUUAGGGAAUUUGUAUUCUCUUUAAUAUAGUUUUUAAAACAAAUGGAGCAAUCUGCAGCCCUUAGCCAUUUUUGUGCCAUUCUGAAUGUGUUCUUUGGUUAUACCAGCUCCUGGGCCAGACUUUAAAAAAUUCAGUCUUCAAAUUAAACAAAAUUGGUGUGAAAUCAUGGAAGCCCAACAAAAUUAUAACAACACAAACAAAAACUUCUGCUGCACAAACGUAUCAUAGUUGAUUGACACCAUAUUUCAAAUUAUUUUGAAAAAUGUGGACCAGCUAGUUGAUCGUUGAACUCGGAAGAUAUUUCUGUCUUUAAAAUGAUAGUGGCACAAACUUAAAUUUGACACCACUUUCGUUUAAUUUUUCUUUUGGUCUUUGCCACAUUGUUAAAAACCCCCCCGAUGUGACAAUGUGGUUUCAGAAAAGUUUUCAUCCAGAUGAAUCUGCACAAAUCAUUGUUUUAAACAUGCCAAACCUAUAGGGGGCAGUGUAGUGCGCAGCUAAAUCCUGUGAGCCAAUCGGAUUUCUUCAAAAGAACCAUAACUUCCUGUUAGAAACUAAACAUGGUGUCUGGAGGUUCGAUUGUCUCUACAGAUGUAUAGGCUCAACUACUUUUAAAUAUCGUAUUGGAGUAUCGGAUUAUUAAAACAUAAAAUGAAGCAGAUUAGGAAUCGUGUCAAAGCAAGCACGUGGAUUAAUUGGCACUUUAUUUGUCGCAGAUUGCGAUGUGCAGGACCCGUUUCCCAAACUGAGUUUUCUCAAAUUUGAUCGGAGUUUUAAUAAAUAAACGGAGUUUUUGUGUGGAUGAAAGGGCAAAGUUGAUAAAGAUUUUGAGUCUAUGGACACAAGAUUUUCUAUUUGCAUAUUUUAAUCAUUAAACUGGAAUUUUGGUGAUUAAAAAAUCUGAAAAUUUGUGAAUAUUAUGUAGUUAAAGACUGCAGUUUAUAGUGGCACUAAACAAAAUGGUGAGGAACAAAAAUGAAGGGACCUGAAAGGGUUGACCCAUAAAAACGCAACCAAGAGAAGCUUUUUGUAUUUUUCUGCCUUUAGAUAAGAGAGACAACACUGCUGCUAUCGAAGCCCAUCCCCAUGGAGAACAACAUGUUUUUAAUGGUUAAUUCAAAUUAUUUUCUAAUGUAUUUUGUAUUUUACAACAAUGAAUAUGAAAGCACAGAGCCAGAUGUUGGAAGAAGAGGAAAAAGGAUCUUAUUGUUAGUUCAUACAGCUUGAAACAAAGAGAAGCUCAUCCAGCUGAACGAUGACGUCAGUAAAGUGGUGUUGGACAUAAAGUCCUGUUGUUUUCCGUUUAAAACAGAGACCUUCAUGCUUGGAGUCUUUCCCAGGAUUGGGAACGCUGCAGGAAGUUGGAAGGAAUGCGGCUGCAGACUCGUCUCUUUCAGCCUUUCUGCUGCGACUUCAUUAGCGCGGCUCGUCGGUGGGCGGCUUAUUUAUUCAUGUAAAUCCUGUUUUUUACGUCCGACUUCAAAGCUCCUUGUUUACCGUAUGAGGAGCCGCUUACUCCUUUCCAGGGAAGCCACCGUUUUUAUUCUGAGCCGCAAAGUGCGAAUGUCGCCUCUUCCCCGCCGCCUGUCCUGCAGAAAUUUACAAAAUAAAGCAGAUUGGCUCUGUUCUUAAACAUAGGUUUGUUCAUCGCUCAUCGGUAUCUCAUAAGUGCAUGCUUACAACAGCUUGUUCCAGUACAGGAAAAUGCCUUCAAAAAGCCAGCGCCCAGUUGCAUAAUAAACAGAGAAGAUUUAAUUUGACUUUAAUUUAACUUGUUGGUAAUUCAGUCGCCACAGUUAGCGACUUUUCUGACAAAAAAAAUACUGAAUUGUCAGGUCUGGCUUUUUCAGUUCAACUUCAAAAAUAUUUUGUUGAUCCCAAAUGGAAAUGAAAUGUUGUAACUCAUUCAUUUGAAGACUUAUUGUAGAUGGUGAGGGCUGUUGUAGAAAGAUGUCUUGCAGCCGUCUGUGUUACAGUGAGUUUGAAGAAGCCUCUGACUGAAGACACUGUUUUCUCAACAAAGUCUCAUGAAGAGAAGGGUGAGGGCUGUCCAUCAUUUUCUUCGUUUUAUGAAGAAAUGUUCAUUGAGAUGUUAGAAUUUGAAAAUGUGAUUUUUUUUUUUUUCAAAAUUAUGCAAACAUCUACAUUUUUUAACUUACACAUUUUAAAGAUCAUUGAUCAAACAGAAAACUGUCAUCGGUGCAUCCCUAGAUUUCAUGAAAAUUAUGCAUUCUUAGAGCUGAAGUUGGAGCUAAAAGUCGGCCCCCGAUUGUCUUUAUAGGUUAACCUAAAAAAUAUAUUAAAAGUUGAUUUACCUUUUAAUUUCAAACUAAAUGCUGAUGACUUCUACCCAGAAUGAUGAAGAUCCUCCUGCUAGUUUCUAUUGAACUAAAAAGUGAUAACUCUCUCAUGCUUCCCUCGCUCCUCGGCUCAUUUUGACUGAGAACCCGAGUGGCUUUUCUAUUUUCGGCUUGUCUCUGUUUUGUUUGCUUUGUUGACAACAAAUUGGUUUGUUUUGAGGAAAACAAACACAAUAGAGUUCAAAAACAGCCUACGGAAAAUCUGACAGGACAAGGAAACAGACUGGGAGGUGAAGAACAUUCAGCCUUUAUGUUAUCUGUUACAGAUUUAGUGUUGUUGUUUGUAUUAUUUGGUAAAUUGAAAUGCAAACGAUGGCUAAAACUAGAACCCCGUUUGUCAUGAGAAAAGCUGCAGGAAAAGAGUUUGAAGGAAAGCUGGACACAUGCAAAAAUAUUUAUCCAGAUUAAAGCUUUCUUGGGUUGUUAAUGGACAAUAAUCUUUUUUUUUUUUUCUUUUUUUUUUUUUGUUAAAAUUACCCCUCGUAUCUUUUUUAAAAAUUUCCAUAAAAAGUCACCAUUUAAUAACUUUAUUUACAAAAAUAUUUUAUCUGUAGCAUUAUCUAAUUAUUUUUAACAAUUAUAUAGGUAUAAUUUUUUUGUUAAAAAUUAUACCUAUAAUUUUUAACAAUUAUACCUAUAUAAUAUGUAUAUAACAAUAAUAUAAUUGUUAUAUUAUAUUAACAAUUAUAAUAAUAUGUAUAUUGCUAAAUAUACAUAUUAUUACAAGUCAUAGGUUAUCUACUUUAGGAAAUGUAUUUUUAAAGAACCACCUUUUUUUUCUUUGUUUAGGAUUUAAAAUACAGAUAAAAUUUUGCAGAAAGAGGAUAUAGUUUUUUCCCCCUACUGGAUUUAAAAGGGGUAAAAAAAAAAAAAAAAAAAAAACUGAACAGAUUCCAACAUAAUGACAAGAAAAUCCAAAAGCAUAUUACUGGUAAUUUUAGUGUCACUUUUUGUGGAAAUUAAAUGUAAAUAUUUUAGAAAAAAGUGUUAAAAACCUCCAUUUGUGAUCUAUAUUUAAAACACUAGCUGCUCAUUUUUAUGUCUUAUCCAAAGUUCAUUAAGGAGACACAGUUUUCAGGAACCUGAUUUAGGGUUAUUAAUCUUCAAUGGUCCUAAACCCAAAACAAAAUGAUCUAUACUGCAAAAACACAAAGUCUUACAAAGUAUUUGGGUCUGGUUUGUAGCGCAAAUACCUUAAUACAGUGGAAAUUCGACUAAAGUAACUUUUAUGCAAUGUUUUAGUCAAUGGUUCAUUAAUAUUGAUUGAAAAAAGUGUUAGUUCCACUGGCAGAAGUGAAAUGAUCUGCCAGGGACUAUUUACUUAAAAAGAAAGCUCUAUAUCUUUCUAAAAAGUUACUUGCAAUUGUGUUUGUUUUAUUUCGAGAGUAUUGAGAUAUUUGUACUGGAAACUAGACUAAAAUACUUGGUGUACUUCUUGUCACGUUGGGCUUUGAUGCGACUGGGCUCUGGCUUCACACAUGGUGCGCCCACUCAGGUUCUUACAGGGAAACAAAAACGGCUUCAUAAGUUGUAGUUGUGGUGGCGAUGAACUCAAGUCAGACUAAAAAAAAAAUCAGUGAAACCAAAUCACCAUCGACUUUCUACUGUCGCUGUGAGAUUUUACUAAAAAAGUUCAGUCUUGUUGUUUCUCAGUCCUGGUUUCUGUUUUUCUUGGUGUGUCGUAGUGACGCGUGAAACUGGUGGUUCAUGUCAGGCUGGACGUGUGUGAAAACUCAAAUAUCGAUGUGAAGUGCUUGUUUUUGUUUUGUUUUUGUUUUGUUGUCCAGUCUGUUCCUAAAAAGUGUUUUCUAAAGAGAGCUCGUCCUAGCAGCCUUUUCCUUGUUAACAAACCAAGAGCUAGACGUUGGCCAGCUUUAAACGCCACGCAGGAAUCUGACGCGAAGCCGCUGCAGGCGCUCGUCAAAGCUGAUCAGCGGUGCAGCGUGUAAGGCUGAGCUAAUAAUAUCCCAGUUAGCUGAUGCUUGUCGCUACGUUGGCGUGUGCGACACAUUUAAAACACGAUGAAGCUCGUCGUCGGCUGUUUGAUGUGAUCAUGGGAGCAGCAGCAGAUAAAUAACUCGGUUUUAUCUGCCAGCAGAAAACAUAAUUAUCCUUAAAAUGCUGUGGUUGAGUGACUGCUACUUUCCAACCCAAAACCAUGAGGCUAAAUGAGCUAAUUUGAUAUUUUCCAGUACUAAAACCAAAAUGUGGAGACGCAAACUGCAUCCAGAAAGUGAAGCAGUUAGUUGGAGAGAGCUGGAUGGACUCUGGCUGCAAAUACACAAAAUAAAUGAAUAAAUAAAUCUCAAUAUCUAAAUUUGAAUGAAGGUUAGUUGUGAAUUAAAAUUAAAAUCUUUAUUUUUAAUUAAAACUUAAGGUGUUAUUUCACUUACAAGUAAUAAAAACGGUAUUUAAUAUUCAAAUUUACUUCAGACCAAUAAAAAAAUACAUUUUUAAAACAGAAAUGUAGCCUUAAUGAAAAGGUUAGUCUCUUUUCAAAAUGUACUUUUAAUCUCACAAACAAGACUCACCGGGACAUAUUUAUUAAUUUACUGAAUGUCCUACUUUAGCGUAUUUGGUCCAUUCAUUUUCUUUUUAAUGAAGUUUGAAAGGUAAAAAAAAUAAAAAAUAAGGUGCUUCCCUCUUUUCACUGAGGGAUUUAGAAAUAAAAAAUAAUUCUGGUAAUGCUAAAUUAAAACAAGAACGUUUAAUGUGAUGUCAGAUUAAAGUGAGGAAAAAUAGUUUUGUUUGUUUUUCUUCACUGAAUGAUUAAAGAACUAAAUAUGUGGAUUUUUCAAAAACCUCCUAAUUGUUGAGUCACAUUGCGCCGUUACCUAGCAACCCAAGUUGAGCUCCAGCUUGCUUGGUCAGCUGGUUUGACCUCUAUAUGCGCUGGAACAGACAAGGGCUCUGUAGUUGACUUGCCAACCAGAAACCAUUUGCUGCUUUCUUGUUGAUUGUGCAGCAGGUUCCACUUCUGCUUUUCAAAAAUGUACAGUUGUGUAAUUGAGCCUCUGUUUGUAGCCAUUUUCACGUGAGUGCGCAAAUGUUGAGUUUUGCGGCCAGCAGCACAUUAUUUGGAUUUAAAGUGACAAACAGCUUAUUCUGAAAGGAGGCAGGACUGAGCAGACUGAAAUCUCCUUCUCUAAGAAUGUUUUGUUGCAAAAGAGUAAUGAUAUUCAGGCCAUACAACUAUCCUUACCUGUUCAAGGAAGCAUAAUAGGUCACCUUUAAGAGUUUUGCACUAUGCCAUUCAGAACCAGUUUCUCACUGCUGCACAUGUCCAGAUUUAUAGCGGUAAUAAAUGUCGAGCAGGAGCAAUAAAAUCUUCACUUGUCUGCCUGUGGGCAGGUGUGUAGCUAAAAGGUUGCUGUUUUACAUCAGUGGUCCUGAUGGGAGGGUAAAUUAUGACCACUCUGAGAUCUCUCCAUCUGUCGGUGAGGAGACUCUCACUCAUUAAAAGCUAAGAGAGACAACUAGAAACCAGGCCGCCCACUGAAAUAUUUAUACCCAGCACAUUAGGCCAUACUGUACUGAGACGUAAACAUGAUGCCCAUCGCUACUGGCAGCUGAAGCGUUUGGUCUGAACACACAAAUGUUUCCAAACGUGUGGGUGGACGCGGAAAAGUAAAGUUCCCGUCAUUCAGACAUUAAAAUUUUGACGUUAAAAAAAAGCAAAAAUGUUUUUUACGUCCGAAUUUAGCUCGGGAACCCUCCAGGACGGAGCAGCUGCUUUGCUCACUUUGGGGACUUUAUCUGGUUCUCUUUAAAAGUAUUUUUAGCAACGUGGCUCAGAGGAUGGAUCAGUCUGUUGAUCCAUCGUGUCAGUCCAAACUGAAAUAUUCAGGUCGGUGGAUUGGGAAGUGAUCCUUUGUUCUUCCCCUGAAAUUUAGCCUGACAUUUCUCUCUCUCACCUCCAUGAAGUCGCCUCAGGAUUGAAUAUUUCCGUUCGAUGGAUGGUUAUUUUAAACUUGAACUCUUCAUGUUUGGAUAGAAUAUUUGUUUUCAAUUUGAAGUGGGCGGUACUCACUCCAAAAAACUAGCACGAACUCCAACUGGAUAUGAUCAAUAUAACGUCAUGAAUCGCCUGAAUAGAGAAACUCUUGACAAUGGUAUCAGGUCCCAGUGUCACUAUUACCCAAAUAUUGAGUAUCCACUUGAAUAAUAAAUAGUAAUUAAAAUAUUGCUAAAUAUAAUUUCACAUGCCUUUGUAAACGACUAAGGCAUCUGUUAAUUCCUGUUACCCAGACAUGAAAUUGGCUCUUACAAUUAAUGAAAAUAUGACAUUUAAAAUUAGGAUACUACAUCAGACCAAUAAAAAAAAAAAAGAAAUAAAGACUUAAUGAAAAUGACCACAUGCAGAUAAGGAAAUUAAACUACAUUUAUGCUCAGGCAGAGUUUAAAAUCAAUAGGGUAUCUUUAUUCUUACUGGGUACUGAAGUUAUUGAAUCAGUGUCUAAUUACACAUCAGGAAUCGAUUAUGAAUGAAAGUAGCUGCACAGAUUAAUUAACAGUUAAAUGGUUAAUUGAAAUGCAGGAGGGCUGUGCGGUGGUUAGCAUUAAUUGGUCAAAGCGAACACUGGUUACUUUCUCACUUCCUGUCUCUUUGCAGACAUGUAAAUAAACCCAUUCUAUCACUUUCCCACAAAAUGUCUUGAUUUGUAUGCCGGUCACUGCCUUUUGAACUGCAUUAUCAGUGCCAAAACCACAGGAUAUCUUAUUAACACUUAUUUCUGAGGGUUUUGUUCCAGAUAAAAAGAAAAAUUGAAGAAAAGGCUCUGAAACUCCCAUUUCCUUCCUGACCCACAUUGAAUGGUUCUGCUGGUUAAAAGGAGGCUGCUGGGAAAGUUCUUCUGCAUGCUGAGCUUUACAUAAGCUAUCUGCUAAGUACAGUCAGGCUGGUUUAUUGUUGAAGAAGACGCUCAGUGGGGGAACAUCUCUUGUUGCUACAGUUCUGCUAACAUUUCAACAUUCAAGUGACCUUACGCAACAUGUUUACAUGUGAAAUAUUCAUCAUUUGCUUCCUAUGUGGAUCCAGGAGAUGUGAAUAAAAGCAUUUGGAACUGGA